AUGCAUAUUCCUCAGGCCAUGCGCCAGCCACGCCAUGCCACGCCGCCACUCCCAUUGUUGGUUUUGCUGCUGAUGUACUGCGCCACUGCGUUUAUUGCCGCUGCACCCGCCACACAAUACCGCUGUGGAUUUGACGAGAUGAUGAGGAGCGGCCCGCUUUCGACUGUGGUUGUGCGCGAGGUGCCGCGCAAGGGACAGGGCGCGAUGCAGGCGUACACCGUCGCCACACAGGAUGACAACAGUGGCUGGGAGCCGAUCCGCAUCGGGGUGUUCACGGAUGGACUGAAGAGCACGAACAGGAGGAAGAAGACGUACUGCGAAAAGGUUGGAGAUGAGUGCGAAAACCUCUUGGGGGAGCAGAUAACUUGUACAAAAGAACGUGUAUUGUCAGUUGAAAAGAAGAAAUUGUACACUGAGAAGAUUCUUCCCGGUGCUGUCAAACUGCACGCUGAGCGACUACUUGUGAAACCCACUGGAAGGAACAUAACCGUGCCGAGUAAUUUGAAUGAACCGUGCAACCACUUUAAAGCUCCUACUGAGCACAUGAAAUACGGUGUGGCUGCUGACUUUGUCAUCUACGCUUUUGCCGGGCCAUCAGGCACGAAUAGCAGGGAUGUGUGGGCGGCAACGUGUAACAAAUGGGAAGAUCUUCGCCCCUCCAUUGGCGCCAUGAACUUUGACCCAAAGUACAUGACUGACACGGCGUGGAGCGUUCGCGUUGCCGCACACGAAAUUGCGCACGCACUUGGGUUUAGUAAAGAGAGUAUGGAGGAAAAGAGCAUAUUGAAGAAAUCAGCUAACAUUGUGCGUGGAAAGGACCGCAAGAUGGUGGCAGGGAAUCACGUUCAGGCGAAGGCGAAAGCGCACUUUGGUUGUAACUCUCUCGAGGGGAUGGAGCUGGAGGACGAAGGUGGCACUCGGGAAAAAGA